AUGUCUUCGAUUGUCACAAGUAUAUUCAGUUCCACUGUGGGAUUAUUGUGGAAGAAAGCCCAAGAUGCGAUUGCUAAAAAGCUGAAGGACGGUGAUAUUACAGAUGAAAGAAUUCGUGAAAUAGUUGUGCGAGAACUCGACGAUGUCAAAACCAAAAUUGACGGUCUCGCACGCAAAGAUCUGCUCGUCAGCUGCAAUUUUCUACAGGACGGAGUACAGUUACUGAUUGUUUCUCUGGAUAAGUCGAAACACGAGCAGAAAGCUAUGCAAAGCGAAACUCAAGAUGAUCGUGGUGAAACGUCUAGAAUGCCGAGCGGUGAUGAAUCAGCAAAUGUCAUGAACAAAGCCUUAGAACUUUCUCACGUCAUGGGACAGCUAAAGAUCGCGGCGUCAAGCGAGUUUGAAUCUGCGAAAGAACGAUUUAAAGAUGCCCGUAAGAGAGCAACCGAUGCUUUUUGCAACAAAGCAUUGAAUAUUCAAGACCGAAUCUUCGCGGCGAAACUCCGUAUCGUUUCGGAGAUACUGGAAUGUCUCGAGAAUCCCGACACAGCGGCUACUUCAUGCCUGUUGUUUUUAGAAAAGCUUCAUGAUUUACCCGCCGUUCGCGAGAUAUUCUCAGUGUAUCUCGGUGGCGGAGUUAAAUCCAUCUUCGGUAAGGCUGAACAAGUUGAGAAUGUCAAAUCUGUCAUGAUGAUCAACUACGUUUUAUAUCAAUUUGUUUCGAAAUUCAGUAGCAAGUAUUGUUCGGCUCUCGCCUGGCCAACAAUUCAACUCUCUGACCGCAGUUUUAACCCAAUAUGGAAUUGGCAGGAUGUUUCGACAACAAAGUCUUGGGGCGAAGAAUUGAUCCAAUCUCCCAAUGAAAUGAGCCUCGAUAGAGAUAUCGAAGUGUAUUUAUAUGCUGCUGUAAACAGUCGGGGCGAGAUAGUUAUAUCGCAUAAUAAUGACAUUGAGUUCAUCUCCAGAACAGGCGAAAGAAAAGUGGUUAAUCAAUUUCCAGUUCCGAGCAGAGAGGAUGAAGAAGGCGAGGUUAUGAAACAAGAAAUUCUAGGUCUCGCUCUUGAUCAAGAAAAUAAUGUGUAUGUUGUACUAUAUUGUGAAACAACCUCACAAAAUGGCAAUGUGGAUAGCCAUGCAGUAUUAUAUAUUUUGGAUGAACAUUGCAAUCGUGUAAAACACAAAAGCGAAUUGAAUUUUCUUCCAAAACACGACACACAUCUGAGAUUAGCUAUAAACAAAAACAAUAACAUUGUAAUGACACCAAUGGUGUUAGAAGACGACCAUGUGUACAUCUGUGACCACACUGGGCAGUUCAAAUACAAGUUUGAACAUGAGAUUUCUAUCCUACGGUACAUGAGUGUUUCAGACAAUAAUGAAAUCAUGUUGACAUCAUAUUUUGGCGACGCUGUUCAUAUAUACACAGAGGAGGGAAAUCUAAAGUUGAAAAUAGAAUUACCAGCAGGUCACGUGAUCCGUGGAAUAAUUGUCUUAACCAAUGUCAGAGACAGUGAUUCCUAUUUCCUCCAUCGUUACUCUGAAACAGGUCAACUGGAGACUUCGAUGUUUUAUUUGAUUCACGGUGGAGGUUUGGCUCGGAUUAAAUCUCAUCCAAGUGGUCCAGUAGCUAUUGCUAGAGAGAGAAACAUCACUUUCAUAUAA